AUGCUUCACGCAAAGACUGUCGCGCUCGCAAAGGUUGAUGAAAGAGUAGCUUUUAAGGGAAUAAACUGUCCACGUUCAUAUCCUUUAAUCGGGCAUGGGUUGCUCAAAAAGCCGGACAUGGAAGGAUUUAUCAAUCAGGUUAUGGGCAUGACUCAAAUGUAUCCUGAUUCACCACGAAUGGUUCUGUUCUGGCUAGGACCUGUGCCAGUGGUGAUGUUGUACUCUGCACGGCUCGUUGAGAAAAUUCUUAAUUGUAGCCAACACCUGAACAAAGGCAUCGCCUACUACUUUUUUGAAUCAUGGCUAGGGCAGGGAAUAAUUACGAGUAAUGUUGAUAAUUGGCGUCCAAAGCGUAAACUGCUUACGCCGACUUUUCAUUACGAUAUUCUGAAGGAUUUUGUUCCGAUUUUCAAUGAUCAAGCCCAAAUUUUAGUGAAGAAGUUUGCGAGUCUCCCAGAAGGAGAGCCUGUGGAACUGAUGUCCUACAUCACUCUAUGCGCUCUCGAUAUUAUUUGUGAGACAUCUAUGGGGAAAAGCUUAAAUGCUCAAUUGGAUAAGGAUAGCGAUUACGUUAAAGCUGUGCAUACCGUCAACGAUUUGGUGCAGAAGAGGACUAAAAGUCCGUUAUUCUGGAAUGAUUAUAUCUACAACAAAUUCGGUGAAGGAGAAACAGAAAGGAAGUGCAUCGAUAUUCUGCAUUCGUUCACCAGCAAGUUAAUUCAGGUGAUAGCAGAACGUCAAAAAGAGUUGGAGGACCGGCAGUGGCGAUUUGAGGGACGUCGCGCAUUCCUUGAUCUUCUUCUUGAUAUGGCUAAUAGUGGGCAGCUAGAAGCUAGCGAGAUUCAGGAGCAGGUGGAUACGCUUAUGUUUGCUGGUCAUGACACAACGUCAACGGGAUCCAGCUGGGCUCUAUUCCUUUUUGGGUGUUAUCCUGAAAUACAGAGAAAGGUCCAGGAAGAGAUAGAUGAAGUGUUGGAGGACAGCGACUACAUUUUGCCCGAACACCUUCCACGGCUCAAGUAUUUGGAAUGCUGUUUGAAGGAAUCACUUCGAUUGUGUACACCAGUUCCGAUGAUAAUGCGUAAAUUGGGUGCUGAUCAGGAGCUGGAAGGUGUCACUUUGCCGAAAGGCACUCAAGUGGUUCUCAAUCAGUACAUGGUUCACCGAGAUCCAAUGUACUGGCCUGAUCCGGAGAAGUUCGAUCCAGAUAGAUUUCUUCCUGAGAACUGUGUCGGUCGUCAUCCAUUUGCAUUCAUACCAUUCUCGGCUGGUAGUCGCAACUGUAUUGGACAAAGGCUUGUUUUGUUUCUGAUUUGA